UCCCUGCACCUUAAGACAGAACACAAACAGUUUUUUGCGCCAAUACUCAUGACUGCAACGGCCAUACUAGACAAGGGGGAAAUUGAAACAGAACAUAAGAAUAAAAUAUUUCUUUAAGCACCAUUUUCUGAAGUCAUGAACUCAGCUCAGAAGCUGCUUUGGUCUCAGAGAGACUUGCUGCUGAACUGGACAUGUGAACACCCAGCACCCUUGCUGCGCUGGUUGCAUGAUGCUGAGGUGCUCUCCUCUCCCCAAUACCUGUCUCUGCUGGAGAGGUCAUCUUCCAAUGCUGUGGCCCAGGCUCUAGAGACAGUAUGUGCCACUGAGGAGAGCAGCCAAAAGUUCCUACUGGUGCUGAGGGAGGUGCAGGAUUAUUACUGCGGGGACCUGCAGGUCUGGGUGGAGAGACACUGCAGGAAUGAUGCCAUCAGUAAACCAGCAGCUGCACCUGUAAAAGUUGAAGCAUCCACAGAUAAGAAGCCUAAAGGCCCAUUUGCAAAACUACUCAAAGGAAAGAGCAAGGGAUUCACCCUAACUCCUGAGAUUAAAGCUAAAGAAGAACUGAAACCUAACAGACAUGUAAAGUUGGCCAACAUCCGAGUUCCCAUUUCUGCUCAUAAAACAACCCUACUGAAACGCACAGAGCAGUUGAAGUGUUAUUCAGAAGGCGAUGGAGUGUCUUCAAACUCAGCUUCUUACAUCGAGAUCCGCUACACUGACCUUUUUGUAACAGAAGAUAAUGACUUAGUUGACAGCAGGCAACACGAGUACUUUGACCUGGCAAGCAGACGAGCUCGCAUCUAUGUCCACCAGGCCUGCCAGCGCAUUCGGCCGUGCCAUCUGUUGAGCCCCGAAGGAACAUCAGGAAGGCCCCCGAAAAGGGUUAAAGUGAAAGGUAUUGCUGGUAUUGGAAAGAGUGUAGCAGUACAGAGGCUGGUCUAUGAGUGGGCAAUUGGGAAGAGCAUGCGUGAAUUCACCUGUGUUUUUGACCUGCGCUUCAGAGAGCUUAAUCUGAUUGAAGCACCACUGAGCUUACUGGAGCUCCUUGGGGAACGGUUCCGCUACCUGAAGCCGAUUUUAUGUGACCUUUUCAGCUCACCGGGCUCUUUGCUCUUCAUCUUAGACGGAUUAGAUGAGUUCAGAUUCCCCUUGGACUGGGACGGUCCUGGCAAAAACAUUGAUGUGGAUUCAAAAGUGCCAGUGUCAGAGCUGAUGGUGGCUUUAAUCAAGGGAAGCUUUCUCCCAGAGGCGUCAGUGAUUCUCACGACAAGACCAUCUACUGUAGCUCCCAAGCAUUUCUUCCAAAGGUGUUGUGUGGUCCUGGGCUUUGAGGAGGACCAGGUGAAGGAAUAUACCAGCAAGUUCUACAAAGACAGUGAAGUUGCUGAAAAAGUCUACGAUUACAUUUUGAACAAUGACAACCUUUUUGUGCUGUCCUUCAUCCCUCUGUACUGCUACAUAAUCUGCACCGCUAUGGUUGAGUUCUUCUCUUCGGGGACUCAAGAUGAUGGUGACUCAAAGUCUCUGGAGCUGAAUCCACCCAGGACAGUCAGCGAGGUUUACUUCUGCUACCUGUUUACAGCAGUCAAGCACCAUGCACUGAGGGGGAGUGCAGACAGAAGCACACCUAGAUCUGAGGUUCUCUCUCUAGCUAAACAACAACUGACAAACUUGGGUAAAAUGGCUUAUGAAAACCUUCUACAGAAGAAGAUAAUGUUCGACAGAGCAGAUUUGGAGAAGUAUGGUGUUACACCUGCUGAUGUUCAGAGCACCUUUCUCUGUCACAUUCUCCAGCCUCUCAAAGAGGAGACUGUGGAGAUGUUUUCGUUCUUCCACUUGACUGUUCAAGAACAUCUGGCUGCAAUUUACUGUGCAAUCAACCUCUUUAGCCAGGAGGACAUAAUCCAAGCUCUAGACUUCUGGUGCUUUGGGAUACGUCCACCAUCUUCAACUGCUGCACCCUUGCAAAACACAGACCUCAACAUGGACAAGCUGGAGAGCCUCCAGAUGUUCACACGCUUCUUCAUGGGAAUGCUGCGAGCACGGCUGGCAGGUCAUUUGGAUGGCCUUAUUCUAUCCCCCAUGGAGCAAGGGGAUGGCAUCCCUGCUACGCUGGGUUUGUGGUUCCAAGAUCAGUUUAAAAGCAGGAAGCUGGAAAACCAGACAGCCCUAAAUCUUCUCCAUUGCCUGAUGGAGUUUCACAUGAAGGAAGCCACCAGCAUCGCAGCACCCGAGAUCAAGAAGCUCAACCUGUUUAAAAUGAAGCUGAGUGUUGUGGACUGCGCAGCGAUGCACUACGUGCUGCAGUUCUCCCCACACAAGCUGCAGGAACUCAACUUAGGUUACUCCAACAUUGGAAACAGAGGACUAAACAGACUGGGGCCAAUCCUACAUCGCUGUGAAUCUCUCUAUUUGAGAUACAACUGCCUGGACAAGCAAGCAGCUAUUUUAGAAUCUGCGAUUCUGAAAUCGAAUGAGUGCCAAGUGAAGAAGCUCUUUAUGUGUGGCAAUAACCUGGGUCCAGAGGGGGUUUUGGAGCUGUGGAACGCUCUGGAGCACAACACCACUGUGGAGGAACUCUAUCUAGACAUCACUGGCAUCACAGAGAGAGGAACAGAAAACAUUGUCAACUGCCUCAGCAAAAACACCUCUCUGAAGACACUGACCAUUGUAGGGAAUGACAUUGGAGAGGUGGGGAGGAGGAGGCUGAAGGAGCUGGAGCAACGUCGGCCGGGACUCCGGAUAAUUGCAAACUUUGUGGAUGACCUUGGAUUACUUCAGGCCUACCUGGACUGGGUGGGGGAGAUCCGGGCUGACAGAGACCAGAUGGACUCAGUGAAGAAUGCAGACGCCCUGCAGUCAGUACUGAAGGGGCUCCAGGUGGCAGGAGAACAGGUGGAGAAAGGAGAGAAUACAGAAAAAGCCAAGAAGCUCCAGAUGCAGAUUGUGGAGCUGCUGAGGUCUUCUACAGAUCUGACUGGAUGAAGAUGACCACAAGUUAUUCUGCAUUAUUUCAUGUGAGGGCAGGGUUCCCUCUUUAACUUAAAGAUUAUCAUUGUCAUUAUUUUUUAGCAUACAGCAGUCGAGUCAUUGAGAGUGCAAACAAUAAGGAAGUAAAGCCAAUGUGAAUUAAACACAAAUUAUUAGUUGAAAUGCUAAAAUACUUGGUCUGUUUUGUAACAUGAUACUGUAAAUUAAGAAGAGACAAACAAAUGGGAUGAGGAUGCUGAUUUUUACUUUCAGACAUUCAAGAAGCAUUGAACUGCAGACUGUUCUGAAUUUUGACUUACAUUUAGAAUUUGUAAGAGAGACUGGAUGAUAAUGACACUCACUGUGUGAAUUAGUGGCCAAAGAGUUUCCCUUUGUUAAUGAACACUUGUUAAGUGACAAGUUUUUACAUUCUCAUAUUAAGUACAGGGUGUGCAGCUAUGUGGUAGGAAAUGUGCUGCAAAGAUCACCCACCUACUUGCACUUGUGCAAGUUCCUCAGUUUCAACAUAAGCAAUUCCAAACUUGAAUUGCAACCUCACUUCAAAGGAGCUUGACUUGCCUUUGCAUCUUGUAACUAACUGGACCACAGAUCUGAUGAAAAUGUGAGUAAUUUUAACUUUAAUAAGAAUCAUAUGAAAAAGUCAACAUUUAGAGUUAAACUUUAAUUCACUAGUCUUUAGCCCAAUCAAAUAUUUGGAAAAUUUGAAAGGAAAACAAAAUAAAUUACAGACAGCUAUUGAUAGCUGUGAGAACUUUCUUGGCAGUCAAUUAUGGUUUUGUGACAUUGGUCGACAUUGAUCUUGAAUGUACAUUUAGUUGGCAGUGCAGUAGGCAAUACUAGAGGUACGCUAAAACGAGUGCAGUCUAAUACAAAAAUCCUGCAGUAGAUCCUACCUUCAUGAAGGCUGGAAUAUUUAGUUUUUAUGAACACUGUUCUAGAGAUCGAUUUAUGCUGGUUUGUGGUUUUGGUGUACUUUACUGCACUAUACAAAAAGGUGUACGGCCUACCCUCAUUGAUAUGAACGGGAUGGACACAAUAAUGGAAACACCUGUCCGUAUAACACAAUAAUAUUGAACAGAACCACAAACUGCAGAAACAAACUAUAAAAUAACCACAUAGUUGAAUGAAUGCCUCUGUAAAUCAAUUUCAAUAAAAACUGAACAUUAUAACCACGA